AUGAUUACUUCUACUCUUGGCUUCCUUGCUCUCUCGAGCCUGGUAGUGGCGCAUGGAGACCACAGCCAGACCCCUUUGGCUGGGCCACACCAAGGGCUGUGGUAUAACACCCUUCCUGGUGAUGGAGGCACACAAGCUGAUUCAGUGUUCUCCGGUAUCUCAACUUUUGGUCGUCUGCCUUACUUUCCAUGCCUCUCGAGCGAAUCCGAGAGAUACGACAUUGCCUUCCUAGGUGCUCCCUUCGAUACUGGUACUUCCUACCGGCCCGGUGCACGUUUCGGACCAAGUGGGAUCAGACAAGGCUCUCGUCGCCUCAAUCUCUAUGGCGGUUACAAUGUACCCCUCGAAUCGAACCCCUUCACCAGCGAUCUCAGAAUCAUGGACUGCGGUGAUGUUCCCGUGACAUCCUACGAUAACACUUGGGCGAUUCAACAGAUCGAGGAAGGACAUAACAGUAUUCUCAUGCGUAAACCUUUCACCAACGCAGACAAGGUUGGCCUUUCACGGGCUGGCAAGACGCUGCCUCGCGUCAUUACUUUGGGAGGAGACCAUACCAUCACGUUGCCUCUGCUGCGGAGCAUCAACAAGGCUUAUGGCCUUGUGACAGUGAUUCAUUUCGAUAGUCAUUUGGACACUUGGAAACCCAAAGUCUUCGGUGGUUCUCCGAGCCAGGUUGCUGCUAUCAACCACGGUACUUACUUCUACCAUGCGGCUAUGGAGGGCCUGUUGAGAAACGACACCAACAUUCACGCUGGUAUUCGCACGACCUUGUCCGGUCCUUCGGACUAUGAAAAUGAUGGAUAUUGUGGAUUCGAGAUUGUCGAGGCUCGUGAGAUUGAUACAAUUGGUACGGAUGGUAUCAUCAAGAAGAUUCGGGACCGUGUUGGAACUGAACACCCGGUCUAUCUCUCCAUCGAUAUCGACACUCUGGAUCCAGCUUUCGCCCCAGCCACUGGAACCCCCGAGACCGGCGGCUGGUCUACACGCGAGCUACGGGCCAUCAUUCGCGGCCUUGACGGGUUGAAUUUCAUUGGCGCAGAUAUUGUCGAAGUCGCUCCGGCUUACGACACCAAUGCUGAGCUCUCAACUAUGGCGGCUGCCGAUGUUUUGUAUGAAGUUCUUACCAUGAUGGUGAAGAUGGGCCCGCUUUCUACUGGCGAGACACAUGAGCUGUAA